AUGUACAACUCAGUGUCAACAGACUGUAGUGCAGCAAAUUCUGAAAGUUUCCAAGGGCAUAAAAAAUUAUCAGACCAACUGAUGAAGAAAAAUCCAUCAUUCUCUCUUAAGCACAAAGAGCCUGAACCUCUGGCUAUGCAAAAGAUUGGUGGCCGUUGUGAGAAUAUGCUGGAGAUGUAUGACUAUUGCUUACACCUGAACUCUUCCUAUCAUUUCAGAUUCCAGAGGGGCGACUACCAUAUAGAUGUCUGCAUCAAUGACUAUCUGGAUGUAUUCUGCCCUCACUACGAAGACUCAGUGCCGGAAGAUAAGACCGAACGCUAUGUUCUGUACAUGGUGAACUUUGAUGGCUACAGCUCCUGCGAUCACACCUCCAAAGGCUUCAAGAGGUGGGAGUGUAAUCGGCCACAUUCUCCGAAUGGGCCGUUGAAGUUCUCAGAAAAGUUCCAGCUCUUCACACCCUUCUCACUAGGAUUUGAGUUCAGACCAGGCCGGGAAUAUUUCUACAUCUCUUCUGCAAUCCCAGAUAAUGGAAGGAGAUCCUGUCUAAAGCUUAAGGUCUUUGUGCGACCAGCAAACAGCUGUAUGAAAACUAUAGGUGUUCACGAUCGUGUUUUCGAUGUUAACGACAAAGUAGAAAAUUCAUUAGAACCAGCAGAUGAUACCGUACAUGAGUCAGCCGAGCCAUCCCGUGGUGAGAAUGCUGCACAGACACCAAGGAUACCCAGCCGGCUUUUGGCAACUCUAUUGUUCCUCCUGGCAAUGCUUUUGAUAUUAUAGCACAGUAUGCUCCGGCAACCUGUCGCAGAAAAUAUCAGGGUCUUGGAACAUCAGAGAUCCACCUAACUGCUCAUCCCAGGAAAGGGACUUUAUUGUUUUUGCAGAUGUCAAAUUGUUAUUUUUUCCUUUUCCCUUUUCUUCUCCCUUUUAGCCUGAACUCAGCAAAAAUCUGAAGGGGAUAACUAGCUUCAGCACCCAUCCCUACCUACCCUGUGACUUUCUUAACCCCCUCCAUAUAAAUAAAAGGACUCCAGAUGAAAAUGCCAAACUAUAAUAGUGACACUAGUGAUUCUUAUUUUCCUCUGCAUUCUCUUUUAAGAAGUCGCCUCUGCUAGCUCACUGUGUCAUCCAUAUGUGGACAAGGAAGAGUAGUGGCUGAUGCAGUCAGUGAAGGAUAAGGAAAGUGAGUGAAAGCCUGGGAGAGUUUUUCUCUCUGAUACAAUAUUUAUGCCUUCUCAUUCAGCACUGUAAGAUGAUCAUGCAAGGCAUCAUGUCACCAUGUCAGGACCGGAGGGGAAAUAUUAAGACUAGAUAUAAUAUAACACCAUUUCCUCCAGGAAUUUCUAAAUGAACAGGCUUCUGAAAGGGAAAAAUUAUGUUUCUUAUAGGACUGUCAUGAAACAUGUUUGACAGUAAAAUUGUGCUCAUGAGUCGAAAUGCUGUCUUUGGUGAGAGGAAUAAGUUAGUAUUUAGGAAUGUUAGCACACAGCAAGCAAGGUCAGAUUUAGGAAACUCCACUGGGGGUGUGAGUGCCUCUGUUAUUUCGUUUUAAGGGGAUAAUGCACACCGGAUUAUUUUAUUUUAAAACAAAUCACCGUGGUGCUACAAUUUUUUCUUGAAAUGCAGAGGCACUUUUGAGAAUAAAGUGACCUUCCCCAGCGCUGACUUAGUCUCUGAUAGCCUUGGAUGCUGCUCUGGGUGUUAAUACAUGCUAAGAGAGGACAUCAGUGGCCAGAGGAAACAUGUUUGGGAUACAGGAUCUGCAGUGUGCUCUUGAUUUGUCUCUCCUGCAAGUUCCUCAACCAUGGGAAUAAAUCACAUGUAGAAGAAGCCAGGACAGUCUAGUAGCAUUCUUUGGUGGUGGGAAAGAAGUGUGGAGUACAAAUUCAAGUGUUGAUUUUUUAUCUUUUCCCCUUCCAGCACAGUUUGAAGUGUAGAGAAAACAUGUUCAUCAGCUGGAGAUAAACUAGAUGGGCUCCCAAAGACUUAACAAAAUAUUUUUUUAAAAAUCCACUAGAAUAGAAAAUACAUUAUUUAGAUAUACUUUAUGCUGAGAGUGAGUAUAUAUGCUUGUCCUAUUUAAACAUGUGAGAGAAGUGGUAACCCUUGAUGCAAUUAGGAAAUGGGACUGUCUUGUUUGGUGGAAUUAGGAGUGACCCUGUUUAAGGAAUCUGAGCCUUGGCUAAUGUAGAACUUCAAAAAGUCAUUUUCCAGGAAGUGCAAGCCUUGGGGUAUUUUUGGCUAGUCUGCCAUGAAAUUUGGACUUCUAAGCAUAAUCAGGGAAAUAUCAGACUGGGACUGAAACAGAGGUUUUAUAAAAAAACCUGUAAUAAUUAUGUCAAAUGUGAAAGAAAACAUGGAGCACAUUCAAGCAAAACAAGGGUUUUCUAUAUUAAUUCUGAAGAAAAAGUCUGCCAUAACAAAAUUGAGUGAUACCAUUAAUAGACAGCACUUUGUGGACUUUUUUUAAUGAAGAAAAGCUUUCCAGAAGUUGAAGCAGCCCAAUAUUCAGAAAAGGAGGAAAGGGGAAAACAAAAUUUAAUAGUAAAGGAAGGUUUAUGCAUGCUAAACUAUGAUCUGGGCUUGCCUGAUAUCAUACAACACAGUCAUUAAUACAGGGCUCAUGCUUACAGGAGGAACAUAGGAAAUUUCCUCUAGUGUGAAGUGCACACAAUGAAGAUACACAGUCUAAACAGUGAGGGAAGUCAUCAUCUCACUACCAGCUAUCUGGUACUUUAUUUAAUAUGGAUCUGCUUGGUGCACACACUUAAUACUUACUGUAGGAACUAAAAAGCUUUGGAUGAGGUGAUCUUAAUCAAAAUGCACCUUAUCAAAUGGAUUAUUAACCAGAUUACAGAUAAUAUUGCAUGAUAGGUAACCAUAUUAAAAUGAUUCAUUGCAAUUGAAGGCAGUCAUAACAGUGGUGCUAAUUUAAAGUAGAAAUGGUGACUUCAUUUUUCAUCCUUUGUUUCUGAAUGAUAUCAUAGUUGAAGACAUACAUUUAUCUAGAGCAAAGGAUUUUCAUUAGUUACUCCUGGUGAAAUUCACCCUUUUGUUUUAUCACAGAGCCCUGCUGUGUAGAUGAGGAACAGCAUGAGUGAUGUACCUGCAAGGCAGGUUCCUGUGCUGCCUGGCAUGCUGUGGCUGGUAACGUACCAGACGCUGUCAGUUUGAUACUUGAUGGCAUCAGGCAAUCCAAGUCAUACAAAGUACAUAAAUGCUGAUGGGCUUGUGUUGUGUUGCAAAUCUCUAGAUGUUUUAAAUGCAGAUGUUGGUGCAAAUUAAGAUUUCUGUUCCCUUUCCCUUUAUCUGUCCCAGUUGAAUUCUGAGGGAGUGAUUCUCCCUCAGCCUAGGUGGUUUACUUACCCCCAUGACCUGCACUCCUGCCUGCCAAGGGCAUUGCAAUGUGAAGCAGGGAAAAUAGGGAUCAGUCAGUUUAGUGGAUACUGUGUAUCCUUUAAUAGACAAGGUAACAUUUCGUGUUAGUUUAGAAUAUUGUUUUGUACUGUACUUACUUGGAUGGUGAAGGAAAGACAAGUGAAACUUAAAGCUAUGUUCUUUAAAUUCUGUAUUAUUAGCAAACUCUGUUGUAUAUAGUGUUUGAUAAUAAAGUAUUAAUUUGAUUCUUAUGUCUUUUGUAAGUGAGAACAAUAGACUUUCAGGAUAUUAAAAUCACACGUUGAUUACAAGACAGAGCUUUGAAGCAUGAAGUGUGAUCAUGGCUGAGAACUGAGAGACAAGUGGCCAUGACACUGCAGCAUACAGGAUUCAUCUUUGAAAACCGUUCAUCUAUUGCAAGACUUCACAAUGUCAAGACCUGAAACAACAUGACUUUUGAUAAUCAGUGUUUUGUCCUCAGUGUUUAAAGGUCUGAUGUUGGAACCCUGUGGUUUCUGUGUUAGUUUCUGUUCUCUUGUAUCAUGUUUGUUUCUAAAAAGGCUUCGGGGAUAUAACAACUCUUCUGUUAGUUUGUUUGUUUGUUUAUUUUUUAUUAGUUUUCCUCCUGUUUUCCUUCUGGUUUUGUUUCCAUGAAUAUUUUUUUUUCCAGAAAGGGAUCUUGCCAGUGUCAUGUGCGAUGUGUGUAUGUUCUUGGUUCCAAAAGUACUAGAAACACAUUUGGGAGGCACUGAGAGUAGAUGAGUAGAUUGUUUCCUUUCCUAUAUAACUGUGGAAGGAAAAUGGUUGUAUUUAUACCUGUUGAUUCCCACCCCUAACCCUCAAAACUGAACUUAAUCCAUUGCCUUGUGAGAGCAAUGAUUCAGUAAAUUUCAGAGGCUUAGAGUGUUAAUUCUUCUCCUUUCAUUACACUUGGAUUUUGUAAUCACCAGUUUUAAUGUACAACCCUCCACACUUCCCUCUUCCUGUCCUUCCUCCUCUCCCACCCUCCUUUUUUGGAGCUGUGAAUGGGCGGAUCUGUUUCUGAUCUGGCAUCACUGAGUUUUUCCCAUGCAUUCGCCCUCAAGCUUCUCGGAUGUGAGACAAAUCUCCCUACAAUAGGCUUGCUGCCAUUGUCUGUACAGUUUAAUAGAUGCUGGCAUGUUGGAGGUUACCCAUGAGUCUGCAAAAUCCGCUUUCCAUGCUUGACACCCCAUUGAAGACACUCAUUGUGUAUGCAUCUGGGUAUGAAAGUCCAGCUCAGUGUGGUCCUGUGCUUGUACUGCCCUGCUUUGCAGUUUCUUUGCACUUACUCAUCGAGUGCUGUUUUUGAAAUGCUUACAUUAUAUGAACUUAAAAGAAAAUGUUAGAACAAACCCAAACUGCCCCAUAAGAUCUGUAUUUGUAUAUACACGUGUCCGUACAAUUAUACUUAAAUAAAAUUGAAGAUUUUCAUCAUUUUAA